GGCUACACUCCCUCUCUUUCCGCCGCUCCUCCAGCUUUGCUUUGUCGUCCUCUUGCAGCAGCUGUCAUGGGUUUCGGUGAUCUCAAAUCGAACGCUGGCCUUCAGGUCCUCAAUGAGUUCCUGGCCGACAAAAGCUACAUCGAGGGAUAUGUGCCCUCCCAGGCUGACGUUGCAGUAUUUGAGACAUUGUCUGGUGCUCCCCCUGCUGACCUCUUCCAUGCCUUGAGAUGGUACAACCAUAUCAAAUCAUAUGAGAAGCAAGCAUCCAGCCUUCCUGGAGUGAAGAAACCACUGGGAAAAUAUGGCCCGGUGAACAUUGAAGACACAACAGACAGCACUGCUAAAGAAACUAAAGAGGACGAGGAUGAUGACAUUGACCUGUUUGGCUCAGAUGAUGAAGAGGAAAGUGAAGAAGCAAAAAGAGUCAGAGAAGAGCGUCUUGCACAAUAUGAAUCAAAGAAGUCUAAAAAACCAACACUUAUUGCCAAAUCAUCCCUUCUACUUGAUGUGAAACCAUGGGAUGAUGAAACAGACAUGGCAAAACUAGAGGAGUGUGUCCGCAGUAUUCAGAUGGACGGCUUGGUGUGGGGAGCAUCCAAACUUGUUCCUGUCGGCUAUGGUAUUAAAAAGCUGCAGGUCACAUGUGUGGUGGAAGAUGAUAAAGUGGGCACAGAUCUUCUGGAGGAGAAAAUCACAGCAUUUGAAGACUAUGUACAAUCAAUGGAUGUUGCAGCUUUCAACAAGAUAUAAAGCCAGUUCACUGCACUUAACCCCUAGCACUUCAAUAAUAAAGCACUUGCCUGCA